UUCUUCAAUAUUACUCGAAGCUGAAUUGCUUGCCGAAACCAACCUCCUCGGAACAUAACUAACGAUCACGUCCGUUGGAUUGCGUGAAGUUGUAAUUCAGUUCCUGAAUCCUUUGAUGUCCACCAUUCCUCAAAAGAAACGGUUUUAUUUCUCGCGCGAGUCUUCCUUCAUAAUCAAAUAUCACUGCGUUUUUCAACUCCCUGUUCCAGCUCUCUGAAUCUAAGGGACGUCGUACCCUUUCCUCCGCUUCUUCAUGGAGGCUUCAUUCCUCGAUCUCUAAGGAAGCACCCCAAAACCCUUUCAGAUCCCAAUCGACUUUUAUCUGAGAUGGCUUCCUGGCUCAAGGCCGCUGAAGAUUUAUUUGAAGUUGUAGAUCGAAGGGCCAAACUAGUUGUCAGUGAAUUAGCAGAUGAGCAGUCUGAUUCUAAGUCGCCGGGUGUAGCUUCUAGCGGGCAAGGAUCUCAAGGCAAUAGGUCAAAAUCAAAAUCUAAGGCUCAAAAGGGACAAGCUGUUCCUUCUCCUGUAAGUAGUGACACUGCAAAGGAGUCAGGUGGCAUACAAGAAGCCCCAGUAAAUGUAACUUCUCCAAGUAAUAAGUUCGAUUCAACAAAGGUUCAAAAGGGACAAUCUAUCUCGUCUCCUAUAAUAAAUGAUAUUACAAAAGAGCAAGUUGGCACACCAGCAGAACCAUUAGAGGUUACUACUCUGAGUGAUAACGUUGAUCUUAAUCUUGUAGCUGAGAAUGAUGGGAGUGCUUCUAUGUCUACAAGCCAAGCUGAUAAGGAGCAGCAACCUACUGAAGCAAUGCCACCCUUGUCAGGCAUUCCAUCACCAGAAGAGAUAACUAAUGAUGUGAAUAAGCCUGAAAUGGACAAUGUGGAGGUCUUAGUAAAUGAUAAUAAUGCUGAACCUUCCACUAUUCCUUCACCAAUUUCUACAGACGGCCAGCUUUCCAAAGAGAAUGCUUCAGAUAUCCAUGAUGGGCCCUCCUCUCCAUCUAACAAAGGAAUUGAAGGCCCCAGUGAAAAUCAAUCCACUGAUACUGGCCUAACUAGGGAACCUGGAAAUUUGGAUGCUAAUUUCAAAAAGGCUCAAGAGAGAUCUGAAUCUCUGACCUCUGACACUGCUUCUAAUGGUGAUGUUGUUCGUAAAGAUGCUGGUUUAAAAGUUGAAUCUAUUGAUGAUGGAAAGAGCCAAGACGAUCAUAAAACUGAUAAUUCAAAGAAAGUACAAGAUCAACUUGAUGAGGCUCAAGGACUGCUUAAAACAGCUAAAUCUACUGGCCAAUCUAAAGAGGCAAGAUUAGCUCGGGUUUGUGCUGGACUAUCAUCACGACUUCAAGAAUACAAAGCAGAAAAUGCGCAGCUGGAGGAACUUCUUAGUGCAGAGAGAGAGUUGAGUAAAUCUUGUGAGGCUCGAAUAAAAGAGCUGCAGAAAGAUUUGUCUGAAUGCAAAAGGGAAGUAUCAAGAGUAGAAUCAAAUAUGUCUGAGGCCUUGGCAGCAAAGAAUGCUGAAAUCGAGACUCUUGUCGGUUCUAUGGAUGCUGUCAAAAGACAGGCUGCAUUAUCAGAGGGAAAUCUUGCUUCUCUGCAGGCAAGCAUGGAGUCUAUGAUGAGAAGUCGAGAACUUACGGAGACAAGAAUGAUGCAGGCUUUAAGAGAGGAGCUAGCAUCUGCUGAACGAAGAGCAGAAGAGGAGCGUGCUGCUCAUAAUGCUACCAAAAUGUCUGCCAUGGAGAGAGAAGUAGAAUUGGAGCACAGAGCUGUUGAGGCGUCUACAGCCCUUGCAAGGAUACAGAGAAUAGCGGAUGAGAGAACAGCGAAGGCCACAGAACUGGAGCAGAAGGUGGCACUUCUUGAGGUUGAGUGUGCAUCUUUAAAUCAAGAACUACAAGAUAUGGAAGCACGUGUUCGCCGUGAACAAAAAAAGUCACCAGAAGAAACAAAUCAAGUAAUUCAGAUUCAGGCAUGGCAAGAAGAAGUGGAGCGUGCACGCCAGAGCCAGAGAGAUGCUGAAAACAAGCUUUCUUCUUUGGAGGCUGAGUUGCAAAAAAUGAGAGUUGAAAUGGCUGCCAUGAAGAGGGAUGCUGAGCAUUACUCUCGCCAGGAGCAUAUGGAGCUCGAGAAACGCUAUCGUGAACUAACUGAUCUUUUGUACUAUAAGCAAACACAGUUAGAAACCAUGGCCAGUGAAAAAGCUGCCACAGAAUUUCAGCUAGAGAAGGAAAUAAAGCGUCUUCAAGAAGCACAGGUAGAGGCUGAAAGAAGUCGGGUUUCCCGACGAGCAUCUUCAUCUUGGGAGGAAGAAACUGAAAUAAAAUCUCUUGAGCCUCUUCCCUUAUAUCAUCGUCAUUUGAUUGGUGCAAGUGCUCAGUUACAAAAGGCAGUGAAACUGCUAGAUUCAGGGGCUGUUAGGGCCACGAGAUUUCUUUGGCGGUAUCCUACAGCUCGAGUUUUUCUGUUUUUCUAUCUGGUGUUUGUACACCUCUUUUUGAUGUAUCUGAUGCAUCGCCUUCAGGAACAAGCUGAUGAAUUGGCUACCAGAGAAGUAGCAGCAUCCAUGGGACUUGCUAACCCUACUUUACCAUGAGUAUCCGGAUACUCCAGGGCGCAUAUGAGUUUUAAUCUAUUUCCGGCUUUAUGUUUUGAAGCAUAUAGCCAAUUUAGCUGCUGUGUGGUCGCUCAAUUAUUGUGCAGCAAAUUACCAAGUAUGCCACCCAAAAAUGGAAAGUAAGCCCGCUGUCAUGAUUCAUCUUUAGCUAGGCUUUUUGAGAAACUACUGUGUCUGGAUGUUGGGGUUUGGAAAACACAGUUAGGGGAAGCUGAGCUAUUCCAAUUGGUGGCUGCAUCUCUCAUUUAGUAUGCCCAGCGGGAAUAACUGGAUUUGUAAUUGCAUGUUUUUUCGGUCCCUCUUUCCUCUUUUUGUGUUGGUGCGCAGAAAUAACACGAGUGGAAGAAAGUUGCUGUAGAUACACAAUUACAUUUCUUAGGGCCAUUGCCGAUACUGACACUAAACUUGGAUAUAGCAGAUUUUUUUGUCCUAGGAAGUCUGGUUGCCGUGAUUACUAUUUCUUCAACCGAAAUGUGAAUAUUUAAUAUUGGAAAUUUACCGAAUUUUGGGUUCCUUAUUUUA